UCGGGGCGUGGGCAAUCUCCAAGAUGGUCUUACGUUCAAGUCUUCAAGGCGAUCUGGUGUGAUGAAAAAAAGUUAGAUAGAAAUUUUAAGGAUAGCUCUCUAGGAAUUGGAACGGUCAAUGGCGGAACAUUCAAUGCUGGAUUGUCAAGCAGUAUGUCACGAAAUAAAGCGGAUAAUUACGGACAGAAAAAAAUAAAAGAAUUUUUCCCCCGUGAUAUCACUCCGUCUCAACUUCACGAAGAUGACAAUGUGGAUCAUGAAAAUGGAAAAUCCGCUCCACGAGAUGAUUACGUUAAAGAUUCCGAAUAUUUUGAUAAACUUGUAGACAAUGUGGACUUAUCUUAUGUUGGAGGGGAAGAAGAAGAACCUGCACCACCUCAUUCAAAAUCUGGAAUUCCAGUGGAAAAAACUUGGGACGCUUUUAUGAUUGACGAAAUUGACAUUGUAAAAUGUUUUAGUUCCCUGCGCAAAUCCUUACCGAAAACAAAUCCCGAGGUCCACUUUCUUCUUGAAGUCCACCAUACUGGGGGGUCCUUGACUUGACAGGACAGCAUAAACCGACAAAGAAAAUGUUUUUUACGAAAUGGAAUGAACUGAUUAAUGAUUUUCGACUUGAUAUAGGAUGGAAUAUGGUUAAUCUUGACCAAUCCGAAUACGAUCUUUUUGAUAAUAUGGAGGUAAUUACAAUGACACAUGCUUUUAGUUAUCAUUUUCGUCCUAUUAAUUCCUUGUUCCACGUGUUUUUUUUU